AUGCCAGCAGCAGUGGCAACGGUCCCAACGCUCAACCUCCUUUCGAUGAAUGCGAGUCCGACAGUGCUCGCGUCGGCACGAGCCGCCGCUGGGAGCCGGCACGGGCUGAUCAACGCGACGCGGUUGGUCCACUCACUUGCACAGAACCGCGAGGAAGGCACGUGGCUGCAGACGGUGUUGUACGCGCGGGCGCUGCUCGAUGCUCUGCGGGGCGGGAACGAAGGGGCGUCGACGACAGCGGAUGCACUGGACGACCUCGAGGGCAUGCUCUCACGCGCGGAAGAUGCGGUGCAGGCGUCUGCGAAGAAGGCUAGGGCGCCGGCGCCUACCGUCGCGCUCCCGCUCCUAGACCUCCCGUCUGCGCCGGCUGAGGUCGCGCUGCUCGACGAGGCCGUGCCCGCUAAACUCGAUGAGGGGGACGUCGAGGCCCUCACUUCACCGCCACCUCUUCCUCCCUCGCCUGCAAAGGCACGUGAGCCUAGCCACUCACCUUCCAUCCUCCUCUCUCCUUCUGGGGGUGAGCUGGACACGGCGAGCUACUUUGCCAAGCGGCGGCGCGAGGACGAGACGGGCGGCGAAGCGGGACUGCUGCCCCUCAAGACGGCCAAGGUGGACGAGGGUAUGAGUGCGGAGGGCAUGCGGCGUCGUCUGCUGGGCACUGGAGGCGCACAGAGCGCGGUCGGGAGCGCGGCGUUGCACGAAGAGCUCGGAGGCCAGUUGGCCGAUAUGUCGCAUAGGCUGAAACUCAACGCGAUCCACUUCUCUAACUCGCUCGAGGAGGAGAAGGGCAUGCUCCAGCACUCCGAGGACACGCUCGAGAGUAAUCUCACCGCAACCAAGGAGAGCAAGGGCACCUUGUCCAAGGUCUCGACCAAGGGCCGGAGUACGACGUGUAUGACUAUCGGUGUGAUUAUUGCGGUCAUUCUCCUGUUCGUGUGGACGCUCAUGCUCAUCCGGUUCACAUAG